CAUUAAUAAUUGAAUAUUAUUAUGAGAGAAGAGAGAAGGUAGGAAUUAGGAAUUAGGAAUUAGCAUGCAUGAAUGGUGGUAUUGUGAUUGAGUGGUUUUUGCCGCGAAAAGAGCCAAAAACGAGAAAAAAGAAGAUCUGAAAGGAAGUGUUUUUAAGGCAUAUUUGAUAUUUGAUAUUUGAUAUCUAAUGUAUGUUCCCGAAGCUAUGAAGUGAACAAGCAUCGACAUGGAUCCAUGCCCCUUCCUGCGUCUCAUGGUGGAAUCCCUGGCGCUCAAACUUCCCUCUCCGACAAAACCCCCACCUCUCUCCGGCGUCCACCCCUCGAGCACCCCAUGCUUCUGCAAAAUCCGCAUCAACACCUUCCCCUCCCACACCGCCCUCCUCCCCGUCUGCUCGGCGGCCGCACCCGACGCCACCACCUCCGCCCCCGCCUUCCACCUGGACCCAGCAGCCCUCCGCCGCCUCGCCGGGAAGCCCCUCGCCCUCACCCUCUCCGUCUACAACGGCCCAAUGGGCCGCAGCUGCGGUGUCCGCGGCGCCAAGCUGUUGGGGCGGGUCCAGCUGAGCCUUCAGUUCCCCACCGCCCUCUCUCGCUCCAACACCUUCCACAACGGGUGGCUCAACCUGGGCCCAGCCCACAACAAUAAACCCUCGCCCCACCUUCACCUCGUCGUCCGCUCCCAACCGGAUCCCCGCUUCGUCUUUCAGUUCGGAGGCGAACCAGAAUGCAGCCCCGUCGUUUUCCAGAUUCAGGGCAACAUAAGACAACCCGUUUUCAGUUGCAAGUUCAGCAACUACAGAUCCAGGUCCCUUCCAUCAGAUUUUACAAACAUGAAUCCAAGUAGGUGGAGAAGGUGUUCCACAGGUGAGAAAGAGCGUCAAGGGUGCAGGGACAGAAAGGGUUGGAUGAUAAUGAUCCACGACCUCUCGGGUUCACCGGUUGCCACAGCCUCCAUGGUAACCCCGUUCGUCCCAUCCCCAGGCUCAGAUCGCGUGUCCCGUUCGAACCCCGGCGCGUGGCUCAUUCUCCGGCCCAACGGCGGCUCCGUGAGUAGCUGGAAGCCAUGGGGCCGCCUGGAGGCGUGGCGAGAACGAGGCCCAGUGGAUGGGUUGGGCUACAAGGUUGAGCUUUUCUCGGAGAAGGGCCCAGCGAACGGAGUUCCCAUUGCGGAAGGGACGUUGAGUGUGAAAAGGGGUGGGGACUUCUGCAUCGAUUACAACGUGAUGAAGGACGCUGGAUUCGGUUCGAGGCUUCCCGGUGAAGAAGGGUUCGUCAUGUCUUCAAGUGUGGAUGGUGAAGGGAAAGUGAGCAAGCCUGUUGUGCAGGUUGGUGCACAGCAUGUCACGUGCAUGGCUGAUGCUGCUCUCUUCAUUGCGCUCUCUGCUGCUGUUGAUCUCAGCAUGGAUGCAUGCAGGCUUUUCUCUCAUAAACUUAGAAAGGAGCUUUGCCACCAUGAACAAGAUUAUUCCAAGUGAAACAAUUAAUUUAGUCGAUCGGUCAUUUAAUUCUUUUUGCCUUCUUCUGGGAGUGCUACCUUCAAGCUUUGACCCAUUUGGGUUGUUAGGUUCUUAGGCCUUCCUCUUCCUCUACAUACAAUUUGUUUCCUGUGUUGCAAAAAGAUAUUGUACGUAGUUGUUUCUACCUUCGAGUUGAGUUUUUUCGCCAGGCUACGUUAGAGGUGUGUGUGAUUUAACAGCUCAACAACAUUGUCUGGUUAUUGCGUGUAUAGAUCUCAACUGAAGAUUUUAAAUGUACAAAAAGAUUAAAUGCAAAUGUUUGUUUAUAAAUAUUUCAUUGCAAAUU